AUGGGGGGACCCCACCGUGGCUGCCUCCUCCUCCUCUUCCUCCUCCUCUGCCUGCUACCACCACUGGGCACCCCGGGCCCACCACCGCCACCACCGGAGGAACCCCGGGAGCCACUGCUGCCGCCAUCCGGCACCCCUGACCCUGCCGCCCACCUGCUGCGCGGCCGCCCCUCAGCCCCAGUGCGGCCCUACAGCCUCUCCCUCUCCCCUGAGGACUACCGAUACUCCCCCAAGCCCCGGCACCUCCGCCCCGGGCGGCUGCGCCGGCUGCUGGGCUUGGCCUUCGACCCCUUCUGGAUGGCAACCGAGGAGCCCCACGGCCGCAACGGCAGCGUCCCCGAGGAGAACCUGGAGUCCCUGAGCCGGGACCUGGCAGAAGGGGCCGGGAGGUACCGCCGCAAACUGUGGCGGGAGGUGGAGGGGCUGGAGCUGCCCGCCCUGCUGACCCCCAGCCUGGGGCUGCCCCCCGAGCUGCUGGGGACCCUGGCCCGCCACCUGCGGCAGUGGCUGGUGGAGCGGGCCUCCUGCCGCCUGACCUCCGCCUGGGUUGACCUGGGACCCGUCUUCUGGCCCCGCUGGGUGCGCCACACCGCCUGCCAGACCGGACCGCCCGGAUGCUCCUGGCCCCCUGGCAUGAUGUGCCGCCCCGCGCACAUCACCCACAUCAAGCUGCUGGCCUGGCACUGCUGGGCGCCCCGGUCCCCCGGACCCCCACACUGCGCCUGGCGGCAGGUCCCCUACCCCGUCGUGGCUGCCUGCAAGUGCUCCUGCCGCUGA